AGUACAUUCAGAAGGUUUACCGGAUACUUCUGCCGAGCUGAUCAUGGAUUAUUCUCAGUCUUUUUCAGAACUGAACGAGAUGCUGAGGCCGCGCUUCUCCACCAGCGAUCAGAUCUACUCUUCCCUGAACAGACUGGAAAUCAGAAAGCUGGACUCGUUCAAGAGCAGACACAGGCCAGCCAUCCUGUUGACAGGACCAGAGCACAACGUCUCCAGAACAGAACCAGAGAGUCCGCGGGAGCCUAACAUCUUUGACGAGCACGAGGAGGUGGUCUGUGAUGGCCGAGAAGACAACAGUUCUGCUGAUCUGAUGUUCUUUACCAACGUGUGCCCCUUCGGUGAUUUGAGUUUAAAAGACUUUGAGAGUGAGGAGCUGAACAAUGAUAACAGCAGCACCACGCAGUCUGAGGAGACCGACAGCACCGGGGAGAUGGUCUCGGAGGGAACAAGAGACUCGUCAGAGGCAGAGGUCGGUGUAGGAGAGAGCUCCUUCCAGAAGUGCUACGCCGACAAGACCUUACCGGACCUGGUGAAGAGUGGCAGGCCGCUGUGCAGACGCAGAACGGUGGGACAUGUCUCAGAGACGCUUAAGGAGGUGCGCAGAGAAGUGGAGCUGUCUCGGAAACGAAGCAUCAAACUUAAGGCUCAAGUGGACAAACUACAGGAGAGCAGAGAUGGACUGGGCUGGAGCCAGCACCGAGAGAACGUCACAGAGGAGGUUCUGUCUGUUGUGAGGCUGCUGCACCCGCUGGUGGAGCUGGAAUCCAGCCACCCCGAGCCCGCUCGUGGAGAAAACCGCCUGGACGCCGCUCUGGCUCAGCUGCAGUUUAUGGCUCGCAAACUGGCAAUCAGCCACACCAGUCAGGACUCCAUAUCUGGUAAAAAUGGCGCAGAGGACAGUGCUAUCCUGGAGCAGGCGCUGAGGGACAGAGACGAAGCCAUAGAGAAGAAGAAGGCGAUGGAGGACGAGGUCCUACGCAGCAAGACUGAGAUGAUGAUGCUGAACAACCAGCUGCUGGAAGCUGCGCAGAAACGUCUUGAGCUUUCUCUGGAGCUCGAGUCCUGGAAGGAAGACUUCCAGCAGCUCCUCCAGCAGCAGCUGCAGACUCAGCAGCAGGCCGAGCAGGCCCAGAAGAAGUCUUCUCGCAUGGGCUUCCUGAGGAGAAACAACAAACCACCCAUCCAACGUCCAGCCAACUUCCCUCUGCCUUUACCCACCCCUCCUGUAACCAACUCCAACCAGAUCUACGUGACGGGAUACGGGACGUUGCCGUCUCCUUCACAGCUGAGCGCUGCUUCUCCUACCAGCAGCAAAGGUACCUGGAAGCUAAAACUGAAGAAGGGCAAGAGCAGUCGCAUCCUGGACCAGGACGGAGCUGAGCAGGAGUCGGAGUACGGCAACGACGGCUUCCAGGUCGUGUCUCUCGAUUGAAACCGUGAUCCGUUUACACUGAGGAGACAUCCUGAUGCACAUCUCACAAAAUGCCACUCCUGCUCAUUAUUGUGGACUCUUGGGUGGAUAGUUAUGAAUGGACAAGAUUCAGCCCACAAACAGAAUCAAUGUAUUAUUUAUCCAGGGGACUUGUGUUCUACUGUACACUGGGGGUUUGGACGCACCACUGCUACUUUAAGCAAUUUGAAUGAAGUAACUGAACGUCAGUAAAAAUAACAGUAUUUAAUACAUUUACGUAACAUUAUGAAGAUUUUGUCAAGAAGCAUGCUUUAAAUCUAGGAUAUGAAGACCUUUGUGCAAGAAAACAUAAUUUAGGAUGAACGAGCCAUGUAAAUAUUAAGUUGUGUAACAUUGAAAUGCAUUAC